CUCAAAGUGGCAGGGGGAAGGGACAGGUGUGAAUGUUUUCAUGGUAGGAGCCUCGUCACUUGUCCUAUUGCAUUCCAGCCUGCAUCACUUCAUACGACAGCUCAGAGGAACCCAAACCACUGACAGAUGUAGAUCACUCUCACAUGGUGUCCGGUCAGCGACGCUGGAUAAAGCUAGAUUUUGUACAGAGAUUGUAAUUCCCGGAUUGCUUUGGCCGUGUGGACAUGAGAGGCAGAGAGAAGGUAGUGCUGAGCAGAAUGGAGCCGAAGAUGCAGUUUUCACAUACCAGAAUAAAUCGUUUCAAGUUUGGGCUAAAUCAUAGCAUGUGGGAAACAAAGCACAUGAAGAAGACAAGCAGCAAAAAAAAAGCCAGAGAUCCCAGCCCCACCGAGAUGAGCGUGGACCCCUGGGCCAGCCCGCAGGACCAGGCAGCCGCUGAGCACACUCGCAGCAAGAACUCACCAGCAGCACAGGAGCAGGAGCAGCCGGAUAAACUGUGCCUGGAAUCGUUCUGGAGCGAGGUUGAGACCAUCCGACAGGGGUGUGGCGAGGUGGAUCUCGACCCCACCAGGAGAGACUCCAGACAGUCAGAAGAAGGGGAACAGGAGGAGCAGUGGCUGGCCGAUGCUGGCUUAUCGACCCUUAUCAGCGAGGACAGCGAGGAUGUAGACAAGGCCGUGCUGCUCUCCACUCUGACCCGGACGCAGGCAGAAGCUGUUCAGCGUCGCCUGGAUUCCUACACGUUAUCCCGCCGCAAAAAGAACAAGCUGCCGCCCAGAGACGUUCGGGACAUCUUCAGCUCCCCCAUUGCUCAGGCCCUGCUGCCAGAAUCUCAGAACAGCAAAGACCUUCCUCAGAACAGUAUGGCUUCAGUUGCCAAAAUGCCUUUCUCAGCAGUGACACCGGAGCAUCAGCGGGCUGCCCCUAAGGAGGAAUUCCUCAUCACUGACAUUGCUUACUGUGAACAAGCCGUGAUCUUUAUUAAACAGGCCAAUUUUCCACUGAACAACAUCCCACACAGGAAGGAAGAUGGCACCCUGCCUCGGGUGAUCUGCCCUAAGUGCCGCCUCGGAGUAACUCGUAUUCAAGAUCUCUCCCACGUCGACAUGAAGAAGGUUCGUCAGUUGGCUCUUAUCGACAUGACGGCGCUCUGCGACCUCUUGGAGCUAGAGGUUAAAAGGCACAAAACUGGAAAAAGGAAAAUCGCAGAGAGCACACUGUUUGGGGUACCGCUGGCCACGCUGCUGGAAACUGAUCAGAAAAUCAGACCUAACACCUCAAUUCCUCUCUUUCUGCACACGCUGCUGUCGUUUCUGGAAAAGAAAGGAGUCGAUUCAGAGGGGAUCCUGCGGGUUCCAGGAUCUCAAUCUAGGAUAAAGCUGCUACAGCAGAAUCUGGAGGCCAAUUUUUACAAAGGCCGUUUCAUCUGGGAUGAAGUGAGUCCAAAUGAUGCUGCUGCCCUCUUGAAGAAGUUCAUCCGAGAGCUUCCUGACCCACUGCUCACUGCAGAAUACCUCAACACCUUCAGCGCCGUCAGAGACAUUACAGAACUGAGGCAGAAACUGCACAUGUUGAACCUGCUCAUCCUGCUGCUCCCUGAGCCCAACAGGAGCACACUGAAGGCCCUGCUGGAGUUCCUCAGUAAGGUGGUCAACAGAGAGAAGAAGAACAGGAUGAACCUGUGGGCUGUGGCAACCAUCAUGGCUCCCAACCUCUUCCUCCAUAAGGCCGUCCCGAGCCGACUGACAGAUGGGGCAGAGAAAGGACAGGCGGAGAAAGCAGCUGAUGUGAUGAGGCUUCUCAUUCGUUACCAAGACCUCCUCUGGACAGUUCCUAACUUCCUCAUGAGCCAGGUGCGUCAGCUAAAUGAGAACAGUAACCGUCGCUAUCAGUUCAAGAACCUGCUGAGAAAGAUCCAGCCAGACAGCAGAGAAAAACCAGAGAAAAACUCAGAGCCACGUCGCACUAUAAAAAUCCAGGUGGGAGAUCUGGUGAACGGCACGAUGGAGUUCCAGCUCAACAUUAACUGCAGAACGUCGGACCUGCUCGCCCAGUUUUACCGCCAGUUCCUCCGCAGCCCAGAAAAUGGAAAGGGGAAAAUGCGAAGAAACGGCUCAGUGGGAUACCCAGACUGUGCCCUGUAUGAAGUAGGAGGGAAUAUUGGAGAGCACUGUUUGGACUCUGAGACGCAUCUCCUGGAUCUGUACAACAGUAACCCUGGAGGAGAAUGGGUCAUCAAAACGAAGCCCAACGGAGGCAGAGGGCAGUGACACGGAGCCUGCUGAACAACUGAUGGACAGAUCGAGGAACAGAUUUCAGAGAGAUGAAGACCUCUUCUUAAAAGCUCCUCACAGUUCCUGCUCUUCCUCGGAGCAACAAGCAGGAAGGGGAACAGAUGGAGCCAACAGAAGCAUUUUUCUGCCUGGAGCAGAGUUGAGAAUUUCUGAUCCCUGCUUUUUGUCUCCGUCUCUGCCUUUCACUUCGCUGCGCUCCAUCUUCUCCUCCUCCUUCCUCUCUUUGGACGAUCAUUUCUUUGGUUGCUGCACUGCUGCAAGCAAAAAGCUGCUAACAUGACUCAUUACUUCAAGUGGAGAACCUGCUGCACAGAAAGCAAAACGGAACAGCGAAGAGACGGAGGGAGUAGCCGGACAGUUGGCUUUGACGUAUUUUCUCUGAAGCAGUCGUCUCCAGCUACAAGUGAACAGAUGGGGAUGCAGAGAACCUCUGGCUAUCCUGAGCCCUCCACACGCCUCAACUUCACCUCAUACCAGCUUCUGCUCCACAUACACGUUUUUGUGGCUUUACUCCAAAGGGAAUACAAGGAUAUAUGGGUUUUCUGUAUAUAUUUUAAACAAAAACAGGACCCAAGAUGUGUUAAUAUUUAGUUAAGGUGAAUAUUUUAAAGAAAAGCAGAACAAAAAAAAUCUUCCAGCAGACUGGGGCAAAAUUUUGCAAACAAAAAAACAAAAACAUAAUGCCUUUAUUACUAGAGAUGCACCAAUAAUUCAGUCUGAGAUCUAAAUCUGACAAUUGUUUUUUCAGUCAGCUAUUAUUGGAGGGGAGCUAUUAUUUCUCCUCCAUUUCAUUUAAUGCAUCAAAUUAAGGACUUCUAUUUUUCAUCUAUAAAUGUGUUAAUCAUCAGCAAAACUGUUCAUGUUCCUUUUUGAGUUUAUAGAAUAAAAAUCAGACGUGAAAGAGGAGAUAUGUUUUGAUGCUUAAAUGAAGAUGAUCUUAUCAUUCCUUCAUUUUGUCAGUUUCAGUUUUUCUGUAAAAGAACCUGCCAUACAUUUUUCUCUUUAGCGCCAAAGGU